CUCUCUCUCCUCUCUCUCUCUCUCUCUCUCUCCUAAACCCCCCGUCUAUCCUCUCUGUGUGGAUUUGGGAGUGGCAAAAGUAAGAUGAUGAAACUCUCUCGUCUGCUGUUAAACUCCUCAAGGAACCAGUCAUCUAAAAACCUGUUAUAUGGGAAAGAUGUCAAUCUAAGUGAUGGGUUGCCAUUACAUUCUUUUACUUCUCGUGCUGGAAUUUCAACUGCUGGACCUGGACAGACCCUUGGCGUUAAAGGAAGUAUUGCAGCUCCUUAUACUGUUUACAAGGGCAAAGCUGCACUGUCUGUGACUCCAGUUCUCCCAACGUUCACUAAAUUGGAUUCCGGGUUGCGUGUAGUUGAUCGCCAUGGUGUCAUGAUGUUGAAGUUCAUUCCUGCCAUCGGCGAGCGCAAGUAUGACUGGGAAAAAAAGCAGCUUUUUGCUUUGAACGCCACGGAGGUUGGAUCCUUGAUAAGCAUGGGUUCCAACGAUUCUUGUGAAUUCUUCCACGAUCCUUCAAUGUUGUCGAGUAAUGCUGGUCAAGUGAGGAAGAGCUUGUCAAUUAAGCCUCAUGCAACCGGUGGUGGUUACAUGAUUUCUUUGACGGUUGUGAACAACAUUCUGAAAACAAGAGACAACUUUGCUGUUCCUUUCACAACAGCAGAAUUUGCGGUGGUGAAGACAGUUUGCAGUUAUGCUCUGCCCCACAUAUUGGGAUGGGAUCGGUUAACGAAUAAACUGCCAAGAGAUUUGCCGGAAGCGCAUGCAUCGAGUUCCAAGGUUGAUCGCCGAGAUUUAGAUACAGAGUGGGAUAGAUGAUUCUCGUUGCUCUUCUACUCAUGUACUCCUCAAGGCUCAAAUUGUUUUGUGUUUGUUUUUUGGGGACAAAAGAUUUUGUUGUUUUGUGGGCAACGCAUUAGGAAACUGAUUUAAUAGGACAUUUAUGCUAUGCCCGAUUAAAUGAUGCUUAUUGACUGUCAAAGUUGAACAAUCUCAAUCUCAUCAAGUUUCUGAAACUCCGUUUUCUAUUUUAAAGUCAACCAACCUAAAUUUGUCGACUUUUAAGAAAUCAAUAUCAUUCAUGACUCAUGAUGCUGUAGUGU